AUUGAGUCAUUUACAAAUCUGGAGUGCAACCUUUGCAUCAGAGAGUAUAUUUGAAUUACGCCGUAAAGGAAAAAAUCAACGGCAGCGGGAGCACGAUGCUGUUGAGACCAUUCUUUCCGAUAGAAGAAAAGCUCUCAGCCAAGGUGAGCUGCUUAGAUCUCGUGUUGUUGUUGAUCGAAAUACCUUCGUCUAAAGUGCGCAAGGAGAUACUUGGAAAUUUGAACAUUUGCGAGCUCCUCGUAGUUCUAAAUGGAUUGACAAAAGACGAGAAGAAUGACGACUUUCUCGAGUUCGACGAGCUGAAUGCAGACGUCAAACCGGUUUGGACUGAUGUUGUGGAAGUUCUGAACAAUUUCCCGUGCGUGAAGCUUGUUGAUUCUUUGACAAAGGCUGUUGGUGAUGCAGCUGAUGGUCUCGGGUGGUUCGACCUUCCCAUUGAUUCAAAUGAAUACGACUUUCUACUGGAGUACCUUUUGGACAGCAAGGUCAACCGUAUCGUCUUUCCCUUAGUAGAAAUCAUGACGAAGAAAUUCAACAAAAUCUACGAAGUUUUGGAAAACCACUGCGUAGCACUAAAAAUUCGUAAUGACAACUUGUCUGUCAUUAAAGAUUCCGAAAACUUAAAGUCAAAAUUGAGGAUUCUCACGCUAGUCAACUAUGAGCAUUUUGAAACUGUCGAAAAAUUGAAUUACGAAACUUUGAACAUAGUCGGCAACGAGGUCGACCUUUUCAGUGUGUCUACUAUGAUCAAAAAGAACGAAAAUCUCAAGAUAAUCUACUUCAAGGGAAGGUUGAAGGAUUAUAUCCCAUUGCAUAUUGACGAUAAGAUGCUCGUUUAUUACGAUCUCAUUGUCUUUGACACCAUUGAUAAUUCUCAAUUGAGCGAUUUGGGCAGCCUGACUAGAAUUGAGUCUCUGUAUUUGAACUUUACUCUAGAGAGUAAUGUCUCAUUGGACUGGUUGCUUAAAAAUUGUACACAGAUGAAAAGACUCUAUUAUUCUCUCAACUUUAAUACGAACUUGACUCAAACCAUAACAUUUACCGAGAACUUUACUAAAUUGGAAGAGUUGACUUUGAAGCGUUGCGAAUUCACAAUUCAGAAUGAUGGUUACAAACGUUCAAAGCUUUCAUUUUCCGAUGCGAUGAACAAUGCAGUCUCGAGUCUACAUACAUUGACUUUGAUUGAAUGUAAAAUUGAUUCUGAGUUCUUGGACGCAUUUUGUGGACCUUCGCUAAUGAGUAUAUUUCUGAUCAAUUGUGAUAUAAGGUAUAAUUCAUUUGUGAGAUUACCAGUUGGCCUCAGAAACCUAACCAUAAUCAACCAAGACGUCGAUAAAUGCAAAAAUCUGGUAUUCAUGACUUUCAAAAAAAGAUCAUCGUUUAUUCUCUCUUCUAGCAAAAAAUGCAUGAUAAACAUUAAUGAAAAAAUAAUGACCAUGAAAAUCCCAGAGAGCCACGAUACUUUUAUGGCAAGAUUAAAUGAAGAUUACUGUAUUACCGAUGGUGAGAAUAAAAACAACACGAUUAGCCCGUACGAAAAACAAAGUUUUAGUAUACAGAAUUUAAAGUUCCCAUUCAGUUCUACUAUUCAUUUUGCCAUCUAUCCUAACUUUGAUGCCGUCGACUUCAAAUUUAUGAAAGUUCUUGCCGCAAAGUUUGAUAUCUUUCAGACAAUUAUCGAGCUUUACUCAUUCACGAACACUUUUCACGACGUUCGCAAUGUACAAGAAAUUCAAAACGUCAAGGUUUAUCGAUAUGAUAUACUCAGAUUACAGAAUCAUCUGAAAAAAAUAUUGAGCAAGAAGGUGCUGACAGAGCAAGACAAUAAAUUCUUUUCCCCAUACCCAUGCUCGUGUGAAAGUCCCUUGAGGUUAUCACCGGCAUCGGUUUCGUCAGCUGCCAGAAAGCUGAGGUCUCCGAAAUCGCCUAAAAAGCCACACUCUCUUGCUUUAAAAGCGUUAAACACAGUCAAUAAUAGAGUUUCAAGUACCAACACGAAAAGCCAAAAUGGCAAGAUAAAGUCCCACUACGCAUGUGACGUCUGCGGCAAAUACUUCUCCCGAAGCACAGCUUUAAACAGACAUACUCUUGUGCACAAAAACCACCGCCCUUAUAAGUGCGAAGGAUGUGGGUACUGUUUUAAAAGGUCAGAUCAUCUCAAAGUACAUAAGCGUGUCUGUACUUCUGAAAGCGGCGGUUCACCGCUAUAAAUAGGCAACACUACAGACCAGUAAAUGUGGAAGAUAAGAUCCUAUGUUAGUGUAAUACCUAUUUAGUUGUAAAUUAUCAUUCUCAUGUAGCAUAAUAUAGUGAUUUGUUUAGAUUAAGUUUCGCCGCGGUGUGA